AGAAAACCAUGGUCAAUAUUGUGAGACCAUGUUGGAUUAGUCAGCUUGAUCCAUUUAAUGGGAGGUGGCAUUUAAGCGAGAAAGGAAAACUACAUGGCCAGUUUGAUGCAAUUGUGAUCACACAUAAUGAUUUUGUUGUGAACAUGAAAAUGUGCAAACCGUCUGCUUUCUUCUUCUGUCUUUGGUUUUUGCAGAGGCUGGAACUGAGUGCUGUCUGGGCACUUCCUCAACUUUUGAAGGGGCUUUUCACAACUACUUAUGGAAAGCAAAACAAGGUUCCACAGGAAAGCAUUCCUACUAUCACUGCUGAGAAAGUGAAGAAAGACAUGCUUGGGGGAGUAGAAACUGCCCUUGGUUUAACCAAGGGAACACUUCCGGUUCCAUUUUACACAAGAGUACAAUUAUGGUACACAUAUAUAAUCAGUUAA